CCAAAUCAUCAUCACUUUCUUACAACGUCAGAUUGUCACGCAGACAGAGACAUAGAAGGAGAGAGAGAGAGAAAGAGAGAAAGAGCGAGGGAGGGAAGGAAGAGGGGUGAAUUGCUCGAGUUUGGUAAAGAAAACAGAUAGAUCAUACAUAAAUUUGUGGACGAACGGAGAAGAAUCAAAGAAGAACAAGGAGAUUUUAAGAGGGGAACCAUUGUUCUUGAUUGAUUGAUGAUGGCGUCGUCGAUGAAAUUAUCUCUGUUAUUCAUGUUCAUUACGCUCACGAUUUUCUCUUCCGUUUCCUCAGCUCUUCCGUCCUUAUCAUCGAGCUGUCAUCCUCAGAUUCAUCCAUUUCUUCACGAUCUACAGCUUCAGUGCCCUACCACAAUCGUAUCCUCUUCGCCGAUCGAGAUGAAUGGGGAUUCUCUCGACAACUUUAUGAGUUCCUAUAAAACAAAUGCAUACACAUCGAUUUUAUUCUAUGCUUCAUGGUGUCCAUUUUCUAUAAAUGCUCAAACCAAAUUUCAAGCUCUUGCUUCAAUGUAUCCACAAAUUAAACACGUAAAAGUAGAACAAUCAUCAGCAUUGCCAAGUGUUUUCUCAAGAAAUGGAAUUCAUAGCCUCCCAACAAUUUUAAUAACAAAUAGAACAUCCCGAAUGCAACAUCAUGGCCCAAAAGAUUUAGACUCCCUUUUGAACUUCUAUCAAAGAACCACAGGACUCGAGCCUACAAUGCAUUUAACAGAAGAACAACUCGAACUCGAUUCCUCUUUUGAAAACAAAAACAUAAAUUCGUUAAAACAGAUAAUCAGUAGCGAACCCUAUCUCGUAUUUUCCAUAUUAUUCGUUUCAUUAAAAUCACUCCUAUUUUUAUGCCCCGAAAUUAUACCCAAAAUUAUAGCGUUAUGGGCAGCAUACAUUCCUCGUUUAAAUCUAUCGAUAUUUGGGGAAUCGAAACAGCUUUUGACUCAUGCACUCCACCUGUUCGACGUAAAGUCUGCUUUUAAAAAGCUUAAAAUUAGCAAAAACAGGAACUUUCGUAACGGUGUCGUUUUUGGGGUUGGAGUCGUUGGGAGAGACGUCAUUGGCUAGACUCUAGAGCCUGGUUUAUUUGCUAGUAGGGUAUAAAAUAUAAAUGGAUAAUCAUGAAAACCGUUUACUUGUUUCUUUAUAAAAUAUUUAGAGAUGAUUAAAUACUUUUUGUAAUAUAU